AUGCGUCUACAAAGAACUGCCGCUCGACAGAGCCAGCAGAUUUACCAGCUCAGUAUGCGGCCCUCCCCAAGCUCUUACCCGCCGAGCCAAGUCGACUACCCUUCCGAGUUCGCCCAGCAAUCCGAUUAUCUGCAACCUACGCCAGCCGAUACUCUUGACUCACCGCAGUUCUUGAUUCCGAAGAACCACGCAACCUUGGCGAGCACAUUGCUAUCCCUGCCACCAGUACGUGACCGUCUCGGAGACAUCCCGCGAGAUUUCUUCUUCCAGGUCGAAGAGAAGCAGCCUUUACCUGUACUAUUAAGUAGCCUCCACGACGGACCACUAGUAUGGCCACCUCUAACGCCAAGGAUCCUGGAUGAACUAGUUGGUAGCUAUUUCCAUCAUGCCCACCCACACCAUCCUCUUUUUACGCUACAGAAUUUCAAGCUCUGGCACACGAGACUCCUGGAACAUCAAGAUGUAGACGACAUCGGAACGGCGAUAUGUCUGUGUGUUUAUUCCCUUGGAGCUGUAUGCUCAGCCCAGGGGGAAAGUCAGAAAAGCAGUGAAGCCCUUGGGCUGGAGUAUUUUCAACCAGCGCUCAAGAUUAUUCUUAAAGCAACGGUCUGGGGGUUUCGGCCAGAUCUCAACACUUGCCAGGCUCUACUACUUGCUGCUUCGUACUUUGCGCAUCUCGGAAGGCCUCUUCAUAGCUGGAGGAUGGCUCAGUUUGCAUCUCGAAUAUUCCUCAAUCUCGUCGAGAGUCGAAAGCGCUACUUGGCCCAAGCUGAGUUUGACGACAUAGAACUCUGUACGUUUUGGCAGUGCUUUAUGGUUGAAUGCGACCGAGUUGCCGAACUCGAUGUCCCCAGAAGUGGCAUCGAGCCCUUAGGAGACAAGAUGCCACUCCCACAUAGCGCGGAUUCCGGUGAUGACGAGAAUCGCAUUCAUAUCACCUUCAUAGCAGAACACGCUAUCAGACGGCUCUUGAACCGUAUACACAACGCUCUCUACAGCCCCGACAAUACGCACGAUAGCUCAUACUCGGAAAUGCCAACAGACCCGACGAAAAUAUGGCAGAGGUUGAGUCUCCAAAGGCUCCUGUCUCUUAGUUCUGAACUCAACAGACAGCUGGAAGAAUGGUACACCUCGAUCCCCGAUUACUUGCGGCCUCCGAAAGGGACCGACACUCUACCUAACGACCGUGCUCGUGUACUGCGGAUCCGAUAUUAUGCGGCAAAACAGAUCAUCCACCGGCCUUAUCUGUUACAAGCAGUCUCUCGAACACAGGAGUAUCGAUCUCCAUCUCAUUCCCCUAUGAUGGGAUCAGAUCCGUACAAGGUGCCUGUACCCGUCGUCCUCGAAAAGUGCCAAACUUGUAUCGACUCUUGCGUGGCCUAUGUCUUUAACGCCGUGGAAAUGAUCGACAAGCGCUCGCCAUAUCUCUGGACAUUCUCACAGAGCUGCAUGGCUUGUCUCGUCAUGCUCUGGAUGGCAGACAACUCACCGUCGCUGCGUCAAUUUGUGCCAGCAAUGCAGCCAAUACAGAAUAUGGUCCUUGCCAAGCUACGCAAGUGGACGACCAGUGACUCCAGUUCUAGCUUUGACGCCGAGGUCCGUAUUCUAGAGAGGCUCUCCUUUCCUGAUCACAUGGACACCUAA